AUGCACUCGUCGCCCGCGCGUCCCUCGUCGCGCAAUGUUUCACUCGUCGCAAGCGUUUCCCUCGUCACGCCAGGUUGUCCUUGUCUCCCACGCUCACCCGCGCUUCCCACGCUUACCCACGUUUCCCGCGCUCUCCAGCGACACCCGCGCUUACCCUCGUCACCCGCGCUUACCCGUGUCAUCCCCACUUACCCGCGCUUAUCCGCGGACGAGAGGGGAGGGAUAGUGGGGGAGGGACAGAGGGGCAGGGACAGAGGGGGAGGGACAGAGGGGAGGGAACGAGGGGGAGGGACAGAGGGGGAGGGACAGUGGGGAGGAAAGAAGGGGAAGGACAGAAGUGGAAGUUCAAGGGGGAGAGGGUGGAGGACAGAUGGGGAGAGACAGAGGGGGGAGGUACAGGGGGGGGGACAGGGGGGGAGAGACAUAGGGGGAAGGGCAAAGGGGGAGAGACAGAGGGAGAAGGACACAGGUGGAGUGACAGAUGGUGAAGGGCAGAGGGGGGGAGACAGAAGGGGAUUGACGGAGGGGGAGGAUAAGAGGGGGAGGGGCACAGAGGGGGAAGGACAGAGGGUGAGAGCGGGUACUUCCCUCACUCCCUCUCCUCGUCGACCUCACUUCCCCAGGCUUGUUUACACCCCUCUUUAUUUUGACCAUCCUCCCUUUCUCCCACCACCUCUGUUUACCCCACAGUCUAUUCUCCUUUGCCUCACCUGCCACUCCCCCCUUCCUCCUCCCUGCUUCCCCCCUCCCUCCUUCCUGCUUCCCCCCUCCCUCCUUCCUGCUUCCCCCCUCCCUCAUCCAUGCUUCCCCCCUCCCUCCUUCCUGCUUCCCCUCGUCCCCUCCCCCUUUUUCCCCCAUCCCCUUCCCUGCUUCCCUCCAUCCCCUUCCCUGCUUUCCCCCAUCCCCUACCCUGCUUCCCCCCAUCCCCCUCCCUGCUUCCCCCCAUCCCCUUCCCUGCUUCCCCCCAUCCCCUUCCCUGCUUCCCCCCCCAUCCUCUCCCUCCCCAUGUACAAUCUCCUUUCAUACUCCCCACUCCUCUCAUACCCCCCACUCCUUUCAUACUCCUUUGCCUCACCUGCCACUCCCCCCUUCCUCCUCCCUGCUUCCCCCCUCCCUCCUUCCUGCUUCCCCCCUCCCUCCUCCAUGCUUCCCCCCUCCCUCCUUUUUGCUUCCCCUCGUCCCCUCCCCCUUUUUCCCCCAUCCCCUUCCCUGCUUCCCUCCAUCCCCUUCCCUGCUUUCCCCGAUCCCCUACCCUGCUUCCCCCCAUCCCCCUCCCUGCUUCCCCCCAUCCCCUUCCCUGCUUCCCCCCAUCCCCUUCCCUGCUUCCCCCCCCAUCCUCUCCCUCCCCAUGUACAAUCUCCUUUCAUACUCCCCACUCCUCUCAUACCCCCCACUCCUUUCAUACUCCUUUGCCUCACCUGCCACUCCCCCCUUCCUCCUCCCUGCUUCCCCCCUCCCUCCUUCCUGCUUCCCCCCUCCCUCCUUCCUGCUUCCCCCCUCCGUCUUCCAUGCUUCCCCCCUCCCUCCUUCCUGCUUCCCCCCUCCCUCAUCCAUGCUUCCCCCCUCCCUCCUUCCUGCUUCCCCUCGUCCCCUCCCCCUUUUUCCCCCAUCCCCUUCCCUGCUUCCCUCCAUCCCCUUCCCUGCUUUCCCCCAUCCCCUACCCUGCUUCCCCCCAUCCCCCUCCCUGCUUCCCCCCAUCCCCUUCCCUGCUUCCCCCCAUCCCCUUCCCUGCUUCCCCCCCCAUCCUCUCCCUCCCCAUGUACAAUCUCCUUUCAUACUCCCCACUCCUCUCAUACCCCCCACUCCUUUCAUACUCCUUUGCCUCACCUGCCACUCCCCCCUUCCUCCUCCCUGCUUCCCCCCUCCCUCCUUCCUGCUUCCCCCCUCCCUCCUCCAUGCUUCCCCCCUCCCUCCUUUUUGCUUCCCCUCGUCCCCUCCCCCUUUUUCCCCCAUCCCCUUCCCUGCUUCCCUCCAUCCCCUUCCCUGCUUUCCCCGAUCCCCUACCCUGCUUCCCCCCAUCCCCCUCCCUGCUUCCCCCCAUCCCCUUCCCUGCUUCCCCCCAUCCCCUUCCCUGCUUCCCCCCCCAUCCUCUCCCUCCCCAUGUACAAUCUCCUUUCAUACUCCCCACUCCUCUCAUACCCCCCACUCCUUUCAUACUCCUUUGCCUCACCUGCCACUCCCCCCUUCCUCCUCCCUGCUUCCCCCCUCCCUCCUUCCUGCUUCCCCCCUCCCUCCUUCCUGCUUCCCCCCUCCCUCCUCCAUGCUUCCCCCCUCCCUCCUCCAUGCUUCCCCCCUCCCUCCUUCCUGCUUCCCCUCGUCCCCUCCCCCUUUUUCCCCCAUCCCCUUCCCUGCUUCCCUCCAUCCCCUUCCCUGCUUUCCCCCAUCCCCUACCCUGCUUCCCCCCAUCCCCCUCCCUGCUUCCCCCCAUCCCCUUCCCUGCUUCCCCCCAUCCCCUUCCCUGCUUUCCCCCCCAUCCUCUCCCUCCCCAUGUACAAUCUCCUUUCAUACUCCCCACUCCUCUCAUACCCCCCACUCCUUUCAUACUCCUUUGCCUCACCUGCCACUCCCCCCUUCCUCCUCCCUGCUUCCCCCCUCCCUCCUUCCUGCUUCCCCCCUCCCUCCUCCAUGCUUCCCCCCUCCCUCCUUCAUGCUUCCCCUCGUCCCCUCCCCCUUUUUCCCCCAUCCCCUUCCCUGCUUCCCUCCAUCCCCUUCCCUGCUUUCCCCCAUCCCCUACCCUGCUUCCCCCCAUCCCCCUCCCUGCUUCCCCCCAUCCCCUUCCCUGCUUCCCCCCCCAUCCUCUCCCUCCCCAUGUACAAUCUCCUUUCAUACUCCCCACUCCUCUCAUACCCCCCACUCCUCUCAUACUCCUUUGCCUCACCUGCCACUCCCCCCUUCCUCCUCCCUGCUUCCCCCCUCCCUCCUUCCUGCUUCCCCCCUCCCUCCUUCCUGCUUCCCCCCUCCCUCCUCCAUGCUUCCCCCCUCCCUCCUUCAUGCUUCCCCUCGUCCCCUCCCCCUUUUUCCCCCAUCCCCUUCCCUGCUUCCCUCCAUCCCCUUCCCUGCUUUCCCCCAUCCCCUACCCUGCUUCCCCACCCAUCCUCUCCCUCCCCAUGUACAACCUCCCUGCUCCUCUCAUAUCCCUACACCCUUGUUCCAAACUUCCCACUCCCUUCAUAUCACCCACUCCUGAAAUACCCACCGCUAAUGUGA